AUAAGCAGUCGGAAGUGAAGCAAAUUGACAAGCAAUUAAAAAGUAGCGGUUUGUUUUGGUUCCGUGGAUUGCAUCAAUUCCUCUAUAAAAUUUCUCAUCUUGCGUUUAAGAAUUAAUUAGGUACGUUUAGAUAAAAAUAGUUAAACAUGUCUCAAAUAGUUGGCAUUUGGGAGGUAACAUUAAAUGGGAAGAAACACAUGAUUGAGUUUGAGCAUGGUACAACAUCUGGGAAACGAAUUGUCAGAGUUGAUGGAAAGGAAAUAUUGAAAAGAGAUUGGCUGUUUAAACUUGUUGGACAUGAAAACUUUAAAAUCGGAAAUAAUAACUGCUCUAUUGCGAUAUAUCCUGCUAAAGGCUUGUCUUUUGAAUAUUCUUUGAUUGUAAAUGGGAAACAAUACAAGAAGUUUAAAGAGAAUCAAUCUAAGAUUCUCAAAACUUGGAUUGUUGAUGUGGACAGCGAACCUACUAGAGUUGUUCUUGAAAAAGAUACUCUUGAUGUUUGGGUGAAUGGUGAUAAAAUGGAAACUGCUGGUGAGUUUGUAGAUGAGGGUACAGAAACUCAUUUUGCCUUGGGAUCUUAUCAAGCAUAUAUAAAAGCUGUCAGCAGUGGAAAUAAAAGAGAAGGAAUCAUUCAUUCCUUAAUUGUUGGAGAUACAAUUAUACCAGAAGCUAGCGAUUGAAAAUGCAUCUUUCAGAAAUGAGAUAGCUUCAUCUACUUUUUGAAAAAUGAAUUUCACAGAAAUGAUUGUUACCUGUGCACCAACUGUUGUUGAAUUUUAAGAUGUUAAGCAUCUCAGCCUAGGAGAGUUAUUUUCUUAAAGAUGGAUUAUUUAUCACAGUUAACAAAAAUUGUUGUUUGAAACGAUUAUGCUAAAAUGCAUUAUUGUUCUUUAUUUACUAUUUUAGAAAAAUUAUGUUUAGUUUACAAAUAUAUAUCGGGUUUUUAAGACUCCAGCAAUUUUAUAAUGUAUAUUUUUAAUAGAUAUUUAU